AUGGCGAACGCCGCCUUCCUGCUUCUCCUCACGGUGCUAGCCACUGCCACUGCCACCGCCAUCAGCGCUAGCCCGGCGCUCCCGCUCCCGGCGAGGAGGAGCCGUUUCCUGCUUAAGUCGCCUGAAGCAUGCCUCGUGCCGGGGAGCGCCGGGACGACGUGCUGCGGCGGUCAGUGCGUGGACAUCGUCGCUAGCGCCGAGCACUGCGGCGGCUGCAACAAGGCCUGCAAGCACGGCCGGACGUGCUGUGGCGGCCACUGCGUGGAUCUGCUCUCCGACAAGAAGAACUGCAGCAGCUGCUCCAACCAGUGCGAUGGCAAGUGCAACCAGGGCUUCUGCAACUAUGCGCAGUAG